GAAAUGCCGGGCUUUUCCAUAGCCAGCUCUACGUCACUAGUAACCGCUCAGUGCCCCCGCUGCCCCUGCCAACAACUCUUCUCCACAGCCGUGGAUGUUACCAUCGGCGGAUGUCGAAGGAUGAACAUCUUACAGCUGUGAACGUCUGCCGCGGGGUGGGCCUCUACCACAUACAUAGCCCCCAG